GCUGGGUCUGCCGUGACAACAACGAACGCACUGUUAGCGGCGCAGCGGAAAUCAUAAAACCCGGGCUGUCGAUUCCUCCCUAUUUGCCGUUACUUAAUUCAAGAAGAAACAAAUAUGUAUGUUGGAGCUCAGUCUGGUAUAUAUGCCGUCUUGUUAUUUGUAUACUUGUCGACGCAUAUCAGAGCCCAGACUGUGGCGAUGGAAGACGUAGGCUAUUUCUGGCACGUAGCUGAUUUUCACUACGAUUACCAAUACUCUAUGCGGGGUGAUCCCACGUACUAUUGCCACUACUGGAACGAGACAACCGCAAAGGAUCUCGGGUACUACGGCGACUAUGAGUGCGAUUCGCCUAUGAGUUUAGUGGUAUCUGCGGUACAGGCAAUGAAAGCCAACAAGCCUGACGUUGAUUUCAUAGUAUGGACAGGGGAUGAUGCGCCUCACGUUCCCGAUGCCAUGGUCGGCGAAGAACUGAUGAUAGAGAUUAUAGCCAACUUGACCCAGGUCAUCACAGACAUAUUUCCUGAUACCCGAGUGUACCCAGCUAUAGCCAAUCACGAUUACGAUCCUAGUAAUCAACUUCCAGUACAGACCUCUCGACAAUACAAUGCGAUUGCUGACGCGUGGAGUGGUUGGUUGAAUCACGACAGCGAUGCCGUAGCUUCGCUUAGGAAAGCCGCUUAUUAUACGACUGUGAUGGAAAAUGACGUACGUUUAAUAGUACCAAAUACCAAUCUCUACUAUACCUCGAAUAAAGUAACCGCAGGAAUGCCGGAUCCUGCGGGACAGUUCGACUGGAUGGAAAACACCUUAGAAGAGGCAAAACGUAAUAACCAAUUGGUAUGGAUCCUUGCUCAUAUCCCACCCGGGCAUCCCGAGAGGUCACACUCGUCACCUUGGUUCUAUGAAGAAUUCAAUGAGAGAUAUAUAGAUAUAAUCAGCCAAUACGCCGACAUCAUUAUAGGACAGUUCUACGCCCACCAUCACACAGACCACUUCAAGGUGUUGUACAAUGACAACGGUGAGCCGAUCAGUUCUAUGUUGUUGGCCCCGGCAGUGGUUCCGUGGCGGAAUAAGUAUGUGUACAAUGCUGAAUUUGGGGCGAACAACCCAGCCGUGAGACUUUUCAAGUAUCAGCGUUCAACGGGGAAGUUACUCGACAUCAUGCAGUAUAUAAUGAACUUGUCAGAAGCAAACCAGAACAAUUCACCAGAAUGGGUACUUGAAUACACGGCAACUGAGGCGUACUCGAUUGAUGACGUCACCACUGAGUCUCUACACGAGCUAGCCGAGUCCUUCAAGCCGGAAAAUAGCGAAAACUUCGAGAAAUACAACCUCUAUUGUUCAGCGAGCUAUGAUGUCACACCUUGUGAUGAGACAUGCAAACAAAUGCAAAUGUGUGCCAUUACCAAUAUUCGUGUAAGCGACUACGAUGCAUGCAUGGAGUCCACCACGUCAGCCAGUAGCCGUGCGUCUUUCAAUACAAUAACAUUAUUCAUAACGUCAUUCUGGUUUGUCGUAACGAUCUCUUAGGAUAGUACUAACCGUCACGAGACUUAAUGAAAGUGAUCUGGCAAAAACGCGUGAAUUGCACCCAUUGGGUGGUUUUCGUUCUUUGAUUAGUUAUGUUUCAACUUUAACUGUACGCAUUUAUCGCCAGUGACGGACGAUGGGAAUCACCCAUAUUUUAACGUUUUAACCAAUCUAGAUAUAUACUAAUAAUAAAUUUGUUAAGUGUAUAUGUUCCACAAUACCUCUUUCCUAAAAGUCGCAUCAUCUAGCGAGAUACCGCUUGUAUGACAUCAAAAUGACGUAAAUGGGUGAAAACUCAUUCGGUGAAAUUGACAAUUAUUGGUUGUGUAAGUUGUUCGUCACUAAAAAACGUGCGACCACAAAACCAAACAAUUUCGGUGAUAUGAAGGCCUUCAUUUCAGCUACUUACGUCACAGAAUUCUUAAUAUCUAAAUUCUCAAUGUGUGUAAUAGUUAUACCAUCUUAUUAUUAUUGAUAUUAACAGUUAGAUUAAGUAGUUUACUUGUUAAAUUUCAAUAAUUUCUAGAAUACAUCUGCAAUAAUAUUUUAUUACAUUCUACUACAAAUUGCAAAAAUUAAUAGAUUAAUUACAAUUUAUUCUAUAUUUCAUUGAAUCGUCAAUCGAAUCCUAAUACUUUAAGGUGAAGAAUCAACUCAAUUAAAUUCAAUUUUGCAAAUAAAAAUAAGUAGGAGUGGGUACGUGAACUAAAGUUUCAAUUCAGAUUGAUAACUUUGAAUUAUGUGUUUUAUUUUUCAACACAAACGACCAUUGCGUAUAACAUGAUGUACGUGUUUUUUGUUUAUGAAACAUUUAAAUCUCGUAUGGACUGACUCGACAAACACAAAUAUGU